AUGGAGAAAAAAGAAGUAACAGAGAGUAAUUAUGAAUCAGUAUUAGAAGUUGGGGAUGUUUCUGCUAAUCCUAUUGAAGACUUAAAACACAUAACCGAACAUGUGUUAACAAAUGUUUUAUCUAAUAAAGAUAACUUUGUAACCUGUGCAGAAGAAAUUUUAGUAGACGUACAAGAUAAUCUUAAUGACUUGAUGGGCGAAAUAAAUACUAUAGCUGGAUUAGUAAAAAAUCAUCAUACGCUUACACUACCAUUUGAGUUUAUUUAUUUAUUAAGUGAUGGGAAAAAUGUAGACGAGGUUCUAAAGCAUCGAAUAGAACAUAAAAUUCUAACAUGGUUCAAAAACCUAAAUACAAUGAUGGCAUAUAAAGUACAAGUAAUGCUAGAUAAAAAUCCUGCAGCUUUACCAUCGGAAUUUCUUCUUUAUUGGAAAAAUCGGGAAGCUUAUUUCACUAAUUUAUACACGCAAAUUGAUAAAAAAAUUGGGUAUUUUUUAACUAUCACUAAUAGCCCGUACACAACCAUUUAUAAACAAAUGGUCGAUACAAUAGUUUCAGGUAUGUGA